UGCUUAUCCAGUCAACACUGAAUGUGGAUGUAAAUUUAGAUAUAUUUUUGAGUGGCAUGAGAUUUCAUUUCAAGAAACACAAGUUGUUCAUCAAGCAGCUUCUCAAAUUCUACCAAAGUGUACCAAGUUUCAGUUACAUGACAAUUUUACUACAAUGAAAUUGACAGCUUGGCACAACAUGUGUAUGAUUUAUUCAAAUCGCUGGAUCUAGAGCUGAUUUUAAUUGUUAUCAGGAUGGGGGAGUGUGUGUAUAAGUCUGGUGACUUUGUUUGGGUGAAGGUCCGCACAUACCCAUGGUGGCCUGCACAGGUGAUCACAGAAGAAGAAUGCCCAAUAUUUCACAAUACCAGCAGUGCAAAGAAAAGGCAAAUCUUGGCACAUAUAAAGUUUUUAAAUGAAAAUGCCUAUGAAGACAUCACAGAUAUGAGGCUGAUACGGAGACUGGAUUGUUUGGAGGGAGAGUUGUUUACCCAGAAGGGAUUGUCUAUGAGGUCCUACUCUGAAGCCUUCAAGGCUGCAGUACUCCUGGCAGAGAAAGAAUGUGGACUUUCUUUACUCUGCAAACAGCAAAAAGUAGAGUGCUCUAAAAAGAGGAAGCUUGAUAAUCAAGAUCAAAAGAGAGUACAACAUAGCAAAAAGUUUGUCGAGGAAACUCCAAGUAGAAAAACACAUGUAUUACCAAAUUUUGAAUCUGAUAGUUCUCCAGAUUUAUUAACUGAAGUAAACACUGAACCAUCUAAAAACAGCUUGAAAGCUGGACAGUCGAAAAUAACAUUUAAAAAAGUAAACUGCAGUAGAACUAUGAAAUCAUGUCAAAAUAGUUCAAAAGACUUGAAAUUAACUUGUAUGGGAAGUCAUGAUGGGCUCUCAUCACCUCUGAGAGAGUCUGUAUCUGUGUACACCAGUGACUAUGGGUCUUCUCCAGGUAUGCCACUAUCACCAAUGUCAAAUCUCAAUGGCAGUAGCUGUUCCUUUGACUUACCAACACCUACACCAGUAGACCGGAGUUUGCCUCACAGUAGCAGGCUGUCUUUUGAUCCUAAUUUGGAGAAAGACUUGUGUGAUUCCUCAGAUAGUGACUUUGAACUUCCUGAUGGACUGUCACCUAUUGUGGGAGGUCCAGCUUUUUCAGAAAAGGAUAUUAUAUUGAUCAGAUGGAGAAAACACCCAUUCUGGCCUGCCUAUGUCAAGAAAAUAUAUCAGAAAAGGCAGCAGUUCUCAAAAAUUUCAGUGAUAUUUAUCAAGCCAAUGAAAAAUACUCCAUUGGAAAAGAUAACAAUGAGAUACAGAAGAAAAAGUGUCCUUCCCUUCAAUGAAAAAGAAAAGAAAAAGAUUCUAGACAACUUGCAGGAGGAAAACAGCUCUCAAUUCUCCAUGGCAUGUGAACUAGCAGAAGAUUACUUGGACAAGAAAGUAUUAGGACGCUGGAAGAAGGGUAUUCCUGGUCACCCAGAUAUGUGUGAAUCAGAUUCUGAGGAUGAAAAGGUUCCAGACAUUGACUAUGGUCCUCCAAUAUCUGACAGCGCUAGUGAGAAUUUAUCUGUAAGUGGAGACAUGCAGCCUUUAGAUGACCUCACUAACCCAAAAGACCAGGAACGGUAUGAGAAGAUGAAAACAAUGAAUGAAAAUCUAAUAGCGUACAUAAAAUCAGAAGAAAUGAAGAAAUACCUGGUACAGAUUUAUCUUGGAAAGAAAAAGAGUGAAAGACAUACCAUGUACUUCAGUGACAGAACCAAAGAGAAAUCUGCUAUACGGCAUGCUGGUUUUGGACCGAUUGCUGAUGAAGAGCAGCAAGAUGACAUUAUCAACACAUUGAUGAAGUGGCAUCAGGAAGUGAACGGCCAGUCGCCUGAUCAGCUACCGAGCUACGACUAUGUCGUUGAUGUUUGGAUACCUGAGGCUAUUAUUCAAGGACUUGUCAAAAGUAAGGGAUAUAGACGUGGUAAAGCAAUGGAGAAAUUUGCAAAAGGAGUUAAACUUUCCAAAGUAGAAAGGGACAGACUUCAUCGCUCACUAAUUGAUAAUGCCAAAAAUAUCUCUAAAGAAGACUGGACAAAUCACGAAGAGAAAAGAAACAUUCAACUGAAGAAACUUGGAAUCAAUAUUCCAUAUAGGAGACCAGCCAAACUUGUGAAGCUUUAGCAAAUAAACAAGGUGAUGAUGUCACUGUGUUCUUUACUGCAAAAUAUUCUGUUGAAAAAUGGUAUGAGAGUGAGAGGAUUUGUGUGGAAAUGAUACAUAUUUAAGAUUCACAAUAGGAAGUAAUGCUACACUACAGUUACUGUGAAAUUGAAAACAAUAUACAGAAAAGCAAUGACAACAAUUUUAUAUUUAUUUCAUUUUCAAAUUUUAAGAACUGUUAUUAAAAUCUAAUUACUUAGUAAUGUAUAUGUUGUUAGAUGACAUGACUGAAAUUGGUUUAAAUAUCCUUAAUCUUCAUGUGAUAUCACUGCAUACAUGUAUGUAGACUUCAGCGACAACACAAAUACUUUCAUUUAAUCUUUUCACUGCCUUAUAUAGAUUAGACACCUUAUAUCCCGAUCUUUCAAAAUACCAAAGAAUGAAGUCAGCUUUACCGAUAUUAAAUUGUUACAUUGAUGAAUAACUGUACUAACGUUUUGAAGACAUUUUAAUGAGAAAUGAAGAAAUCAGUACUAAUAUCUGACACAGUUUAUGGUGGUGAUUUGACUUACCAGGUAUUCAUCAUAUUCUCACUUUAAAAUCUAAAAAAUCAAUAAAUAAAUAAAUGUCUUCUGCUAAUUGGCAAUUAUUUUGAACUUACCAAUAAAAUAAAUUUAUUCCACCAGAACAAAUACAGUUCAACUUUCAUUGAUGUGAAUAGGCAGAUAGAUAUGUCUGUCUGCCUUAGAUUUGCAGGCAGCUUUCUGAUAAUUCACACUUCUGCUAUCAAUUUCUAGUAAAAGGGCAUAGCUACAGAAUCUUUAUAGGACAAAAGGAAUAUUACUAAACUUGUGGUAGCUUUCAGACUAACAUUUACAACUGAAUUUUAUGAAACUUGAAAGAAAUUUGUAAUAUCUGACCAGAUCAUUGUUUGUGUUACAUUGUCAUGAUCACAGUCACAGAAACCAAAUAAUUUACAGAACAUUAAUUUUCUUUCUUUCUUAACCAUAUAGAAAAUUUGAAACUGAAUGUUAUCCUAAUUCCACUGUAUUGUGAAAGGUAAAAAUGCUAAGGUGUCAUGGUUACAGUCAGUUCUAUAAAAUCUUACAACGGAUUAAAAAUAACAGAAUUAGCUUUUAUACCAUUUUACUUAAAUUUUGUGAAAUUUAAUGCAUUAUCUUAUAAUCAUACACUUGAGAUAAAUUGAAGGUCAAUAUCUUUAUUGCACAGAUUCAACAACAACUUAGAUAUUGACUGCUACCAUGUGUACAAGAGAUCUCGUAGAUAUCAACGCCUCACUGUAAAUCAGUUUGGUACAUACAUGUUAUUUUUCGUCUACUGUUGGUGGUACAGGAUUCUUUUGUUUUAGGAUAUAGAUCUUAAAAUGUGUCCAAACGUUACAGCUGUAAAAAUUAUCAGUGGACAGUGUUUAAUUUUAUUCAUGUAUUUAUGUAUUGUGAUUUAUGAAGUCACAAUAUACACUUACCUGUCACAAGAGUAGAUUUUUAAUUACACCAAAAAUACCUGUAUAGUCAUAUAGACUUUAUAGACAUAAAUAAAAGAUUGUAAAUAUGCCAUGAUUAUUCAUCACGACAUAUUUCGAUGUACAAUCACAUUACUUAUGUUAAUGAAGUUAGAUUCAAAUUUCUAACACACUUUUUGUCUCUGUAUAUAUUCACUGACGGAGCAUUUAAUACACGAAUUCUGUAGAUAAGGGUGGAGGGAUUUUUAUUUAUUUUUCAUCCCAAGACAAAGGGAAUGCAGAUUUGUAUCUAUAAAUGAAAGUCUCUUCCUUAUACUAACAUGUGAGGUAGGGUUAAUAUUAGACAAAAUAGUCUUAUAAUCAAAUGUAAACAUUUAAACUAAUGUAACAACUUCUUAUCAGUGAAUGAUCACCACAUAACUUUUUGCUGUUUGGGUGGUAGGGUAACCCUAUUACUUCACCUAGACGACUUGGGUUCCACCUCAGGAUUGACAUGAAAGUUAUGGGUAACAUAUGUGUUUGUUGUAAUUCUUUGGAUUAUUAAGAAAUCUGAAAUUGCAAAAAAGGUCCAAAAUUGAUAUUUCAUUUAAUUUACAUGCAAGGAAACGAAGACUCUUUCCAUAAGAUAAGCUGACAGGUUUGCAUGCUUGACAAACCAUGAUAUACUUUUUGUGUGGAAUGUAAGCAAUGCUGUUGAAAGGAUUAUUGAUGGUAAUGCAUUCAAGUUUAGUUUAGGUUUGGUUUACAUAGUGAGCCAUUGUGAUAAAAAUGGAUUUUUAUAAGGAGAUACCUUCAGAGAUUGAUGUAUUUUUAAAUGUACACAGUACAGUGUCAUAAGAUGUUUAAUAUUUUACAAUGAUAAUAUUUUGUAACUAUCAUCCAAUCAUUUAAUAGGUAUGAUGAAUAAGGAUAUUUUUAAUAGGAUAUCUUCAUAGAAUUUCUGGAGAGAAAAUAUGUAUGGUUAUUUUUAUGAAUCAUACAUUUCACUCUAAUUCUUAUUUAUAACGAUUGAUAAGUAUUCUCAAAGAAAUCCAAAGUUUAGCUAUUUGUUUUCACUGCUGAGUAAUUUUGGACAUUUUGCUGUACAUACAAUAAUUCAAGUUGGUUGUGUUUUUUAUCAUAUUUAUUAAUUUGAUAUAUAUAUCCAGCUUUGUCAGAGAAGAAAAAUACUCUUAUAUUCGCUUCUCUUGCAAUAUAAUUCAAUGACUGUUAACGGAAAUAUGUUAUUUGCAUUUAUUUUGUUCAUAAGAACAUGUACAGACAAUUUUGUAUAUAGAAUUAAGAAUUUUGUGGCAUCAAUGUCAUCACGCUGAAGAGAAAUGAUGAAUACAGAUAAUGAUAGCAUUGAUGUGAAUAAAUAGCCAUUGCAGUUGAUGUGUUUUUCUUAUUUCUCUAUUCAUAUGAGUUGUCAGUGAGAUAUUGAUUACCUUUGUGACACAGGCAUCUUCUGUACCAAGAUUUACUGA